AUGGGAGAUCCGCUGGCACUGUUCCGCAACAUCGCCCCGCUUGGAUCCGAGGGAGGAGGAGGAGGAGGGAGUUCAACGGAGUCUAGAGAGACGGGCAGGGAGAGGCAAGGACCAGUGCGGCAUUGGAAGAAGAGGGUGUCCACGGCUUGUCUGGCUUGUAAGAAGUCGAAGCGGAAGUGCUCCGGAGUCGCUCCCUGUGAAAAUUGCCGCACCUUUAAUAGGGUGUGUAUAUUCGAUGAAUCGUUGGAUCAGCGACGCCGCGUAGCGGCCAAACGGACAGCAGACGAGCUCAAUUACCAUCGCGACCUGCUGAAUGAUCUGUUUACUGUCAUUCGGUCGGAGGAUCCGGGACAUGCCCAGAGGUUGAUGGAGUUGAUACGGGGGGAUGCUUCGGCGGAUGAGGUACGCGGUUAUGUUGAUGAGACGCUGAGGGCUAUGAAGGCUGGCACUUUGAAAAGAGAAGAAGACGAUGGUGAUGACGAAGAUGAAGAUGAAGAUGAAGAUGAUGAUGAUGAUGAUGAUGAUGAUGAUGAAGAGGAAAGACAUUCGGAGGUGAUCAGCCGGCUCGAGGAUCUACAGCAGCUUUGGCAUCUCGAAGAACCUACUCCUGCCUUUCGUCGUAAAGUCAUGGACCUCCAUUAUCUGUGUGACGAUGCUCCGUACAAGGUCCCGGCUAGACCGUGGACAACUGUCACGGCAGAUGACGACCUCGUCUCCCAUCUCGUCUCGCUCUAUUUCACCUGGGACUAUCCCUUUUACGCCUUUCUCGACCUCGACGUCUUUGUUCGCCAUAUGGCGAGGGGUGAUCUCGCCUCGGAUUUCUGCAGUCCGUUUCUUGUCAACGCCUUACUUGCCAAUGCUUGCCAUUUUUCAGAGUUCUCCGAGGCAUAUGUCGUUCCAGGCGAUAUCAUGACCAAAGGUGCCGACUUUCUCGCCGAAGCAGAGCGGCUUCAGGCUCUGGAAACCCAACAGCAGCAGCAGCAGCAGCAGCAGCAGCCAACCCUAGCCUCGCUACAGGCUACCCUGAUGCUGUACGAGCGCUACUCCAUGUCCGGCAAGGACGAUCUCGGCUACAUCAUGCUGCAUCGUUCAGUGCAGCUGGGAGAGGCGCUCGGCCUGGUCAACGGUUCCCUGGGCGGCCGCCUCUUGCCAGAGUAUCGUCGCCGGCAGCUCUCUGUCGACAUGGACAGGUCCCUUAAGCGGAGUGCCUGGGGCCUGUUCCAGGCCGACACAAUCGCCCAUACCAGCUUCUUGCGCUCCAGUCUCGUCCACCGCGUCGACGUGAACCGUCUCCACCGCAACGAGUCGCAGGCUUCGGACCUCUGGACUCCAUAUCCGAGUCACCGCGCCCCGCGUCCCGUCUGGCUGAGUCAGUACUUUGACGAGAGCUGCGAUCUCUGCUUCAUCGCCCGCGACAUCUCGCGCGAGAUGUUCUCCGAGGGUCGUACCUGUCCGCUCGCCGGAGAGGCCUUGCGCAAGCAUCGCCAGGUUUUUUACGCCCGUCUGCGGCGCUGGGAGGAACGUCUCCCUGCUACCUUUGACCUGGCGCGGCGACCUGCUCCACACAUUCUUCUUUUACGAAUGAGAUAUCACACCUUGGUGAUUAACCUGUUCAGCCACGAGGACGUCGACUACGACUCGUCCUCCAUGACAUCAUCCGCUGGCUCGCAGCGGGAGAUCAGCCCGACAACAACGACGGCAACGAUGAAGCCCGGGAGUGCGGCGAUAAUGACUGCGACGCUUCGGCAGUCGUCGGCGCGCGCCAUCGCGCAAUUGGCCCGUCUGCACCGCAGCGAGUACGGGAUGCGCCGGGCACACUCGUUCGCCAUGUACGCGAUCAACCUGGCGCUGUUUGCCCUUCUGGAGCUCGACGCCUUUGACAUCUUGGACCCGGAUUUCCUUUCUCUGGCGAGCGCCUUCUCCAUCGUUGCCAGUCGGUCCUUGCUCGGCCGCAACCUCUUCCACAUCUUCCGCCAGUCUGUCCGGGCCAAGAACCAGGGUCGUCGCGCGCGCGAGUCGGCCAGCUUACCGGAUGAACUGAAGGAGCUUUUCGACGAGCAGUCCGCCGCCCACGGCUGUACCCGAUGGGAUGAGUAUGCGCAGGGCUUGCAGAAACUCAACGAGCAUGCCAAGUAUCACGGCAUUGGCAAUGCACAGCGCAGCCUACAGGAUUAUCCGGGCUUUCGUCUCUAUGAUAUGCUCGACCGGUAUGAGAGUCUGAGUUUGGGGAAAGACGACCUGCUCCCGGAACGACACAAACCGGAUGGCUUAUAG